CAGUCAUCACAACAACAACAAGGCACGACAAGAGGCCAGCGACCCGCCGGGAGCUUUCCGUGGACGAGCGGAUGCACAUUUGACGGAUCGCUAACUUUCGGGACGCUCUAUCUCUCUCUUUGUUUUAUUUUAUUAUGAUUAUUAUUAUUAUUUUUAAAACUGUAUUUUAGUUGGACAGCUUCCCGCGUUCCCCAACAAACCGAGAGGAGGCUGGGGCUAAUAACUCCGCUAGCAUGCUAAUAUGUCUUUUACUGUAUGUUCUCAUAUAGGACGUCAUUUCUCAAUGUCCCACUCAACGUCCACUUCCUCAAAAUCCGCCUGACAUAACGGAUGGCUUUAUUUUGGAUGUUUUGGGGGCGAAGGUGAAGUGGAAUUAGCUCGUCAGUGUCGCACUGCGUUGUCGUUCUCGAGGGCUCCUGCAAAGGUGCUGCAAAGUUAGGACGCCUCGUCGUUUUCAUAUCGCUGCCGUUUGAAAGACGUCAAGGGCGAUUUCCUGGUGGCUUUUUGCGCACUUUAUUUUUCCUUAUUACCCCCUCCCGCCCCCCUCGCCGCACACAGACCCCCCCCCCCCCCUCCCCGUGUCGGUCGUUCCCGUUGCUUGUUGACGGGGCCUGGCGGUCUCGUGCUGACAACCGCAGUGCAAAACAAAAGGUUAGCAUGCUAGCUCGCGAUCCAUCCGCUCGUUUGACGGCCUCGGCCUCUCUGUCGGGCUGUUGAUAGCAUUCUAUCCCAAAUACACAUCCCGUCCUGUUGUUUCACUCGAAGCGGGGUCCGAGUAGGAUUAGCGUUUUGGGGUGACGUACACCCAUGAGGAACUUCUCCCAAAAGUGUUCACAAGUUGCUCAAGACCCCUUGAAGGCAACCGACCACGGAGUCUGAGGAGCUUUUGAAGUGGACAACUCGUUGAGUCAAGCUGCAUCCCGUUGUGACGUCGCCGAACUGUCCGAGAGACCUCUGCCAUGUCAGAGACCCUGAUAACAGGCCACACGUCAGAGGAUCUAUUGGCCGACUUUGAGACUUUGCUCAACUCUGGAGGUGUCGCUCUGGGUCAGGACCACCAGAUAGUCAUCAUCACCACCAGUCCCAGCGAUGAGGGGCUCCGCCCGGACGCCGCACCCUCCAGCACGGGAGAAAUCUUGCUGUUCGCUACCCCGCAGGGUCCCGCCGAUGCGGCCUUCCGAGACAAGAGAAGGCCCGCCCUGGGAAGACCUUCGGUUAAGCGGAAGUUGGACCUGGACAGCGACCAUCAGUAUGUUAGCACAACCCGGCCGUCUUCAGGCCACGCGCCGCCCUCCACACCUGCCCCUCCUAGAAUUCCUCGGACCGUGACGGAAAAGUCCCGCUAUGACACCUCCUUGAAUCUGACCACCAAGCGCUUUCUGGACCUCCUGUCCCAGUCGGCCGACGGCGUGGUGGACCUGAACUGGGCCUCGCAAGUCCUCGAUGUCCAGAAGCGGCGCAUCUACGACAUUACCAACGUUCUGGAGGGGAUCCAGCUCAUUUCUAAAAAGUCCAAGAACCACAUCCAGUGGCUGGGCAACCGCGUCGACGGGGCGUCGGUCGCCCUCCAUCAGGAGCUGCGCAAGGAGGUGUGCGACCUCACCGCAGCGGAGGAGCAGCUGGACAAGCUCAUCUCCAAAUGCAAUCUGCAGCUCAGACUGCUCACCGAGGAGCCCAAGAGCAAGAGGUUGGGCUUCGUGCGCUGCCAGGACCUGAGGACGUCGUUUGAUACCCCGGACCAGUUGGUCAUGGUGAUCCGAGCCCCCCCGGAGACCCAGAUGCAAGUGUCGGACCCCAGCGAGGGUUACCAGGUGUCGCUGAAGAGCACGCGAGGUCCCAUCGACGUCUUCCUCUGCCCGGACGACAGCUCCGGAGUUUGCAGCCCCGUGACAGGAAGCAGUCCCACGAAAACCAGCGCCGACCCGCACGCGCGAGCCGGCCGUUGCACGCCCGGUAAAGACAGAAGCUCCUCAGCGGCUUUGGACGUGGCUCUGUCGUCUCCCGUGUCCACGUCGUCCACGGCGACGGCGGCGUCUCAGCCGGAAUCCUCGUCGCUGUUGUUAGGUGGCGGAACGGAAUCCCUGAUGGGCGCCGACCCGUUCUCGGGUCUGGCGGACAUGAGCGACUUCGACUUCUCCACGGACUUCCUCCACGGAGAGAGCCUCCCUCUCCCGUUGGACGGUUUCAUCAACUUGUCUCCGCCUCACAGUCCCGACUACCGCUUCGGCCUGGAGGGCGACUUCGGCGUCACGGAACUGUUCGACUGCGACUUCGGUGACCUGUCGCAAGUUUUGGGGGCGAGUUAGACGCGGGGCCGGGGUCGGCGUACACAACUUGUUGUUCUUGGGAAGGUCCAGACGAGUAUCGUGGAUGCUCAGAAGUUUCACCUUUUUUUGGAUUUGUUCAGAGUAGAAGGGGUUCACCAUCUUGAAACUUUGCAAUACAGUGCGAUAAUGUUUUAAGUAACAUGUCAGCAUAUUAAAAUGUCAUUGUGGCUCCACUGCCUGUGUAAAAAAAAAAAAAAAAAAUUUUUUUAAACUUGAAUCUCAAUAGAUUACCGUUCUACCCACUGGCCCCCGCAAAAAGGACUUAUUUUCCUCCGAAAAUAACUUCUCGUCGUCUAAUCGAUAGUGUAAUAGUACAGUGGCACCUCGAUAAAACGGUUAUCGGAUAAAACGAACCGUCGGGACUGAACAGUGUGUCUAAAAUACUUUCCGUCUGUCACUUCAAAUGCCGUUGACAAAGUCUGUUCGUUCUGUAAUUGGUCGCCGUUGUUUACUGGCGCUGUGGCGCAACGCAGGCAGAGAACGGGACUGACGUGUUUCCGGCUCACAGAUAUGCAAUGUGACUCGAUCCGGUUCCAAAAGAUGUACCUACCUGGCGGCCAUGUUGAAUGUCGUGAUGGUUAUAUGUAUUGUCUAUUGUGCAUGGCGCAAUCCGCGGAGAGAGAGAGAGAGAGAGAGAGAGAGAGAGAGAGAGAGAGCGAGCGGCAUGGCUCCGGUGUCAACUCUGAGGAAUACAAAACACAAGUCUCUGGAGUCUGGAGUUUUAGGCCACGAAAAAAAAAAACUACAAAACAGUUUUGUACUGUACAGUAAUAUGGAUGCAUAAAAAAAUGUGCUUCAAUGUAACGGACCAUCUGCUAGUUCAGACAGCCCCCAUUAGUCCGUUAUAUCAAGGUUCCACUGUACAUAAAUGUUUGACUUCCAUUGUGACCCUAAUACCCCUUAAACCUUCCAUCUCCGAGGGGCCACUGUACUAUUUUGGACUAUUAAGCGACACGUGCGAUUAUUGAGGUUUUGAAUUCAUUUUUACGCUUCCAAUUGAAAAUCCCCCCGAAAUUGUACAGCACUUCCCGAUUGGAUUUUAGCGCGGAUGUAGCUAUACUUAAAUUAUUUAUGUAUUUGUAUAUAUAUCUAUAUCUGUAUUGUUUUUUUUGGGGUGGGGUUAAGUGCAGGCAAUGUGUUGGAUGGCACGUGCAAGUGACUUGUGAGUUUGGAUGCGCAUGGGGCAUAGUCGAGCUCGCCCGGUCGCAUCUGGCUGGCGCCGUGGCUUGUGGCUCCAGUCGGCAAUCCCGGGAGAUGUUCGCGUACAAAACUGCCUCAAUCACUGGACUCCCUUAAGAUACGCGUUGAGAGCUGCGGGGGUGUUAACUGGUGUAUCCAUACAGUAUAUUGUAUUUUGGGGCUUUACCCUGCCCCGGCUCAAUCAAGUCGAUUUAUUUCAUGGGAACAGUGCUGGUUAAAUUUAGCUGCUUUAGGAAUAGGUGGAUGGUCCCAGGAGGAUGGUUCACAAAG